AUGGAAGUAUUACACGAAACCCCGGUAUUAAAAUUUAACGUAGAUACUCUACAGUAUCUUAGAAAACAAUAUGAUUUGGACAAACCGGAGAGAUUGGAAGAAAGUAUUAAUCAUUUGAUUGAUUGGCUAAAGAAACAAGACCACUUAUUGAAGAAGGAUUAUUCUAGGGAAUAUUUGGAGAGGACACUCAUUAUAUCUAAAGGUUCCAUUGAAAAAUCAAAAGUAAAGUUAGAUAAGAUUUGUACGUUUAGGAGUUUAGUGCCUGAUUUUUUUGAGAAUUUCGACAUCCAGAAUUCUCAAUUAUUAAAUGACAUAAGUUGUUUUUUCUUACCAAAAAUGACGCAAGACUGUUACAGAGUAUUCAUGUUUAAUAACAGAGGGCAACGUUUCGAAGCUGGUUUGCUAAAUAUUUAUAGAUACUUUAUCAUGACAUGUGAAUAUCUUCAAGCUAAUGAUUAUUGCAACGGCAUAAUUGGAGUUUUUGACUACACUGACACCAAUAUCAUGGAACUUCUAAAAGCCAUUAAUUUGGUGGAGUUACGAAAGACUUUUUCAAUUGUAAUUGAAGGAUAUGGGAUGAGAUUAAAAGGCUUAUAUUUUAUAACACCUUCAAAAGCAAUUGACGCAUUUGUUUCAAUUAUAAAGCAAGCUGUAAGUUCAAAGAUAUCCCAACGAAUACAAGUCUUCAAAGAUAUGGAACAAUUACACGAUAUAAUUCCGAAAGAUGAUUUGCCAUUAGAAUACGGUGGAAAGGAGUUAUCUAUAAAGGAACUUAGUAAGAAGCUUAAAAAUGAGUUAAGUUCUAAAGAAUUUAGUGAUUACUUUAAUGAAAUGAGAGAGGCCCGCACAGAUGAAUUAUAUAGAAGUGAAGAAAAAUUCAACGAUCAAUGUUUGGGCAUGCCGGGCUCAUUUAGAAGAUUAACUGUGGAU